AUGAGCACACAGAUUGGAUUAAUCAGAUUCUUCUUGACUAGGAAAAUAAACUAUGUAAAUCAAAUUGUAUCAAGUGACAUAAUUUUAGUGUUUUCAUGUUCAAAUGAUACUACUAUUAAGAUAUGGUCAUUGAGGAAAUUCUAUAGAUAACUCAAUGAUAUUUAAACAUAGGCAAGGAUGAGGUCUGUGGUUUCUUUGAAUGAUGAUAUAGAUUAUAUUAGAGCCAUUGAUUAUAGUAGUUUCAAUAACACUCUUUACUCAGUUUGUGAUAAUGGAAUAGUCAGAUAAUGGGAUGUGGAUGCAGCCACUCUUGCAGGUUAAGUAGAUAACCAAGAAUAAGUAAAAAUUAGACCCUAAGGCGGAAAUAUUAUUGCAAUUGGAUAUACAGAUGAAGUUAUAAAAAUUAUUGACAUGAGAAUAAGAGGUGAUCAAUCUCAUUAGUUUGAGCUUCGAGGAGAACAUUAAGAUUCUAUUAGAUAGGUCAAGUUAUCCCCUGAUGGCAUGGUAUGUCUAUCAGCAGGAUCUGAUGCUACCUUUAAGGUUUGGGAUAUGAGCAUGAGAAAGUGUGUUAAAACUCACGGAGGAGAAUAGGGAAUACAAAAAAAAUACUCAAGCUUCCAUAGAGAUACAAUAACUACAUAAGAUGUUGACUUUGAAUCUGAUCUAGCUUUUACUGGUGGGAGAGAUGGCAGUAUUUUUAUGAAUAGAAUAGUUCACCACAAAUACUAGAAAAUUUAUCAAGGAGAUGCAAAGUAAAUGAUAACUUGCCUUAAAUAUGAUGACAUUAACUCAUCUCUAUGGUUUGGAACACCUGACUCAAGUUUUAGCUGCAUCAAAAUUGAUCAUAACCACAUCGAUAACACCAUAAAUAGACAAGAAGUAAAAUAUUUAUCAAAUAACAAAAAAUAUAAGAAAGGCUUACCUUGGAUCACUGAAUAUCAUAUCUUAAAGAACAAAAGAUAUAUUCUGACCAACACCUCUGAAAAUGAUAAAGUAGUGAAUUUAUGGUCUCUUGAGAACGGUAAAAUCAUAAAGACCUGGACUUAAAAGACCUUUUAAUAAGUCAUAAGUAUUGUGAGUAAGCAAUAUGACCUUAAUUUGACAACUGGAUCUGGUAGUAGCUCUUCAUUCAAGAAGCCAGAUAUCAUUCCUUAGCAAUGGUUUUCUUGUGAUAUCAAAUUAGGAUCUGUAACAAUUCAUUUGGAUGAAGAUAAUUGGCUUAAAGGAAAUGUUAUUGACAAUGAAACAAAUGUAGAAAAAAUGCUUCUAGAACGAAAUUCUGAAGCAAAAACAAACGAUGAUUCAGACUUCUAUGAAAAUAGAAGAGAUAAAAAUAGGAAUGAUUAGAUGUAGAAAGCAUUGAAUCUGGGGUUCAAUUUAGGAGAAAAACUUUUCAAAGAGGUCUAAGUAAAGUAUUAAAAAAUAGAAAAAAUACAACUCACGAGAAUAUUAGGGGAUAACUUCAAAGAUUAUGUAGAACUCAAGAAUAAUUAUCUGGGAAUUUCAGAAAAUAUGGAUAUUGGUGAAGAAUAAAAAGAUGAAUCAAAGAUAGAUGAUGAUGAAUGCUUACCAUUCUUCAUAUUCCUUCAAGAAGCUGAUAUUCAAAAGCCUAUAUGGACAUCUUAUGGGAAUGAUCUACAUGAUAUUGAAAAAUUAGUUUAUUAUCUGCCCCUAAGCAUGCAGAAAAAUGUUUAAAGGUCGAUUCCAAAUAUAGAUUCUCAAAAUAAAAUAAGCCUGGGUAUUAAUACUGUUGGUAUCAUGGACCUUCCUAAAUUCUCAGACGGUAAAAGACUGACAUGCUCUCCAACGACUCCUAUUUGCGAUCUAAUAACAUUCCUCUCUAGCAAACUUGAAUUUCAGAAACACUUUUUGGUACCAGAAAACUAGUUUGAUCCAAUAAAAAAUGUUGAAAUAGUAUUACCAGUUUAUCAAAGACAUUCACUAAAGCAAAUAAGCACAAAGACAGAGGCUGAAUACGAUAAGCUUAUUGUUUUAGAUAUAAAUCUAACUCUGGUUGUUAUUUUCAAACUUCUACUUCCUUUCACCAACAACCCUAAUUUGAUAGCUGGUAGUUCAACUCUUGCUAAUAAUCAAAUGAAUCUUUUUUAUCGGAAGAAAAAAAUUGAAUAUAGUCCUAUUAAGAAUGGAAAAAUAGAUCAAAUUGAAACAUUUAGAGAUUUAAGUGGAGAAAAACACUGA